GAGGAGCUAGAGUGUGGCGGCCACCUGGUGACCAAUAACAGUAUGGUGGUACAGCGAGCAGCAGAGAGAGGCAGCAUCUCCCUCUCCACCGUAAAUAGAGUCACAUCCCGGCCCUCAGUCCACACUCUGAGGUGGAGUGGAGGCAGCAGCCACAUUAGAACAAUACCACCACCGGACACCGCAGACGCCGCCACCGUUCCCGUGUCGCCGGGCGAGUCUGCUUCAGCGGUGUCGUCGCCGCUGUCACCUGGAGUCGUCGAAGCCGCAACAGUGUUGUCGUCGCCGGAGCCAGACCCGUCUUCCACGGCUGCAGGCAAGAAGCAGAAUGUAAAGUUUUCCAAAAUCUUCGAGUUGAACUGUCCAGUUUCCGGCCAGUCGACGAACAACGCCAAGGAGGUGGGCUCGAGCGAGAUGGCCAAGCACCUGCUGCACCUGGCGGAACAAGUAGCUUGCACCGGCGAGAACAUGAACAUCGCUGAGUGUGUGGAGGUCGAGAAGGGCAGUGCUGGAAACGUGAGAUCAAUGCUCGCUAUGCCUAUAAGGAACAGGAACUUCCAGAUCAUUGGUGUAGCGAAGAUCAUCAACAAACUCAACGGGCAGCCCUUUGAUGAGAACGAUGAGCAGCUCUUUGAGGUGUGUGUUGCCAAUUGUUGCCUGGACGAGAGAUGAGUUGAAAAACCUCCAUUGGAUAAUGAUCCGGAUGGACUGUUGUUUAAAUGGAAUAAUCUAUUUCCUCGUGUGAAAUAUGAGGCUGUUCUAUAUUAGGUUGUUUAUAACUCUAAGCACUUUGAUAUACUUUCCAUCGAGUUCCACGUUUCAUUAUAUCAUAAAUUCACAUCACUUGCCAUAGCAAACUUGUUCUUGAUUGUUGUAUUGAACUCGUAUGUAAAGCUACAACAACGUAACUAAAUUCAAUUCAUAAAAAGAUCUUGUAACACGCUGCAAACGUGUAAAGAAUCUAUUAAUGAUUAUCCUGUUUGGAAGACAAUGUAUGGUUUGUGUUGAGAGGUCGUUCAUGGGGGAACCUCAUUCAUUCCCCCAUUUCCU